AUGAAGUGUAUGAAGCAUAAGCCAGGAUUAGCAGACAUUGUUCAAUCCAAUGGUGCUGCACUCAUGACAGGACCACUCACACGACUAUAUGCUGGUAGUAACAGUAGGAAGAGGUUGUUCACUAUGAGUAGCAGUAGAGAGAGUUCAUUCACCCAGAGCAGUCUACAUGAUACUCAUACAGUCCCAGUUACCAACAAUCUCCUCAAUCAGCUCAUUCAACUCUUGUCUACAAACAACGACCAACAGGCAUAUCAACUCUUUUUACAGAUUCAACGGUCGUCUCCAUCACUGCUCUCCUGUCUACCAUCAACCGACUACAAUACUCUAAUCAACUCAGUCUUUUAUUCAAAGUCUCGCAUAGGCCAUUCCAACCCAUCCCGUUUAUCACAAUCUGUUCAAAUCUACAAUAUUAUGCUCUCCCAUAACAUACAACCCAUAUUCAGCACUCUAUGUCUUGCAAUCAACAUCUAUGGCCGUUUGAAUCAAAUCGACAAGGUAGAAUCCACCUACUUGGACAUUCGUACCAAAGGCUACAACACUUGCCAUCCAUCUGCCCUUAGAUACAUGUGUCAAGCAUAUAUUCUUUCGGGAAACUCACCCAUCGCGAUGAUGUACUUUGAAUUACUUGGACGUACUCAUCCCAACAUGGCAUUCAAGACUCUUGCUCAUGCAUAUGCUCUCAAGGGCGAUGAGCUUGGUAUUAUAUCGUUUCUCGACCACAUGGAUAUGGCAGAAUACCCACUCACAUCAGCCAUUCUUGUCUCGAUCUGUAAAGGCUAUCACCAACUACGCAAAUACGAAGCAGUAUUUGCCUUGAUCAACCACUUUACACUCAAAUGUGGUAAACCUAUGGAUUUCAAUCUGUAUCGUAUCAUGAUCCAAUGUCGCAACGAUUUGAAAGAGUAUCAAACCGCUUUGGAUUUGAUUCAAGAAAUGCGUGAAUCAACCCAUAUUCGGUUAGAUACUUCCAUUUUACACGAAGAGUUGGUUGCUUUUGCUGGAUUGCGGAAUACUUUGAAAGUGUGGAGCAUAUAUCGUACUAUUAUACUUGAUUCACACCUAUUUGUUCAUGCUAGAGUAUGUUUGACACGAAUGGUGGGGUCGCUUCAUUCCCAAUCGGCUAUUUUCAAUCUUAAAAAGCAACUUACUGCCAACCAAGUUGGAUUAAAUCGAGCCUUUUACGAUCUUCUUCGUGGGUAUACAGAGCUAGGUGACGUGACUUCUGUCAAGCAGAUUAUAUACUAUUUUGUGGAUCAUAAUUAUGAUUUCAGUCCGUCAGUAUAUGCACAGAUUGUAUGGGCGUAUAUUGCAUUAGGGAAACGUGGUGGCUGUAUUGAUGGUGCAUGGGAAUAUGUUAAACACAUGCCGUUGGGAAAUACAUGGGAAGAUGAGCGAAUGGUUUGGCACGGAAUGGUUGUGUGUAGACUGAUGUUUUCGCCUGAAAAAGUAGACGAGGUAAUCAAUGUUUUGAAGCUAAAGUUUCCACAUGUAGACACAAGCGAUGUGAUUGACCUUGCACAUGUGCGCAUAGAUCGUGGACGCAGCAGGUUCAAUGACAGAUGGGAUGCUGAAUAG